AAGGUUUUCAACUUCCAAUAAACGAAAUCCUUCCACUGGUGGAUACUCGCAUACUUCAACGGAGGAGACUUCCACCAGCCUAGUUCUUGACGUUACAGACUUGACAGCCCACUGUCUCAGACUUGAAUACGUGAACGAAGCCGUUUCUAAUCUCCAUCUCGAUGAUAGUUCUGAAGCGCCUGCUCGAUUGGUUCUCGUUGGAGACUCGAGUGGCCCAGAUGACUCUGGACAUGUACAGACAGCAACCAGAGUUUGGUUGGUAGGACAACGGCCGGGUAGAGUUCGAGUGAAAUUGGCGCCGGUUGUUGAUUCGCCACUUGUCAAAGUCGCCUUACCGACAUCGUUGGCGAGACUACGCAAACAGCAGCAUCAACAGAACAAAGGAAAGGAGAAUGGUUGGGAUGCUCAGCACUCUCAGGGAUUUUGGGUCAGUGUGACGGAUACUGAUGCUGUGUGGCCAGUGGGGCUAAGUGCACAACUCGUUACAGAUCUGACCGUUACUAUAACGCAACAAGAACGUUCAGAGAACAAGUACUCUACGACUUCCUUCUAUCAUCAGUCCACUGACAAUGAGAGAGUUGAAUCCGGUUUCACCUUCUACACUGCACAUAUCCGCUUUUCUGGAAGUCGUGUUGGACGCAGCAAGGGCUUUCCAGUGACUUCAAACUCUGGUUCUGUCCCAGAUGCAUUCGCUUUCCAAAGAGAAGGUCAGUUUCCAGAUCUGUCCCGAGCUAAGCGCCAACUGGCCACGAAAACCUUACCUCGCCAAGGACUUCUGGUUGUUACUGUCCAGUUUUCCGAUGGGUCAGUUCUUCCAUGGCACCGUAUUAUGGAGCUUUCUGCUGCUACUAUUGUUACGCUCAGUGAAAUGAAUGAGGUACCCCAAAAGGUGUAG